ACCGACAAUCCAAAACGUUUUAGUGUAUCCUGAGCUACAGCAAGUAUUCAACGUCAGCAAAACAUUAACAAUAUGAUUUUUAUCAUAUAUAGUCAUUUUAGUGUGAUUAUAUUGUGUCUUUCCGGCGUUCAUUGCAUAUCGUCAACGAUUGAAAAUUUAGAUUUGGAUGGACUAAAGCUAGUUUUGUCCGGUGAAACCCCAAUUAACGAAUGGGACGCAGCUAUGGAUCAAAAUAUAAUUCAAAAAGAUGCCAACGACUCAAAUACCACUGUUAACGUUGGGGAGGCCGUGGAUAAAUUUAAGCAACAAGCUAACAACAAUGAUGUGACGGCAUUCGAAUCGAUCCGCGACACAAUCAAAACAGCUUAUCAUUGCACGUUAAGAAAGUACGCAAGCCUAAGCGCUUUCUUCGUGUUACGCGAUUUGUUACAGAUCAGAUCCAACAUCACCACGGCCAUAAAUCGGAUUGCAGCACACACGUCGUUUGAUCGUGAAACAAUAUUUAAAAAUGAAAGAUUUAAAGAGAUAUUAUCGCAGUUAACCUGGGAGAAAUUACACUUGGACUAUGACUUUAACUUUGUAAGCGGUGGCUUUCAAUUAUUCGCAACCCACGAUUUCUUAUUGAAGACGUCCAAAGAAAUCCACAAAGUAUGGGCAGACAUGGUCAAGAAGACGUUUGGAUUGGAAAUCAACUACAAAGUCUAUGCCGAUGUGAUGAAAACAAAAUUUACAAACGAAUAUGCAUUACCGCUCGUGGACACUAUCAACGAACUUAUUUGCGUCAUCAACGAGGCGAUUCAAUUGUUGGACAAUUUCAUUGUAGAUAACUGCGUACCACACGGCGGCAGUUUUGAAAGCAAUUUCGAAUCCCUAAAAUCAGGCGUCCAGGGAGAUUUCAUGUGGCUUAUAAGACAACUCGAUAAAAUGAAGGUCGUAGGCACUAAUUUGGGAUUGUACAGAGAUUUCACGAAAUCGCUUCCCGAUACAUUGCCAGAAAUUGACGCAAUACAUGCUUCGGGUGUCUUCGUAGAGAGAUUGGAAUUCGAGAUUUCUGGUUUAAAAACGGAUUUGACAAAUUUUAGAAGCCCAGCAGACAUUUAUGGCGAUUCCUUCGAUGAACGCAUAGGCGAAAUUAAAAUGAAACUUGUUGAGUCCACGGAGCCACAAGACGGGGUUAAAAUUGGUAAGAUGUUCUUCCGCGAUGAAUCACAUAAGCCCUUCUUUCGUCAUCGACGCACAAGACUUAUCUCCAGAGACGAUCCAGAUUUGUGUAUAAUAAGUUGACAAGACUAGCCAAG